ACAAGUGUAGGAUGCCUUUGUAUUAUUCAUUGAUUUGUGAUUGCUUGGGCUUCAACAGGAAGAUGGGAAAAAUUAUAAUUCUUUAUAAUUAUAUAUCAGUUCGUGGUGCAUUGAUGAAUAACAGGAAUGUGCACUAUAAAAAUGAGCUUCUUAUCAGAGCGGGAACAAUCUUCAAAAGUGGUUUGACUAUCAUUCUCAGUACAUGGUCUCAUUUUUGCACUUCAUUCCACUUGUUGUUCAUUGGAUGGAUGGACAUUUAUAAUGCAUGCUCCUACAGUGAGUAAUUGGGUUCAUCCCAUGACGUGCUUUAUAUGUUUCCAAGCUUUAAAUUUCUGAAUUGGAAAGAUUUCAGAGUUAUAAGGCGCUCUUUCAUGUCUAGAGAUGUUCUUUAUGGAAUCAUGGCAUAGUUUUGUGGAACGGUGACCCUGUGAGAGAGAUUUAGUUAUCUGCAUACUAGGGAGUUGCCCUAGGGGCUAGGUUAAUGGUUUUAGCUUAAUUAUAUGGUUAAGCUUCUUCAUUGAACUGCCUUACUGAUAUUACCUAUAAAAUUUCCCUUUUAGGUCUGUAUGUUGUUUGUGACCAUAUGACAUUAACGUAUGUGAUGGUGGUGUAUCAGGUUGACACGAAGCGGCGUCGGAGGUGACAGCACAUUGAAGUAGAAUCGUAAUCGAGAAACUGGUGGUUCUUCUGUCUUCAAUUCACAAAUUGUACAGAUUGUGAUGCAUAUAUCUGUGUCUCCCUAUUGUACUAAUGGUUGACAGUAACUGGCCUUGAAACCUAUCAUGUUUGUAUAGUUUGGGGGUCUCAGUUAUCCAGUUAGCCGACUAAGGUCGAGGAUGUGUUUAGUCUGUCUUUAAUCAUGUAAUGUAGGUUCUGUCCAUCAUUAGAUAUGAUAAAUUAGGUUGUGUAUAAUCAGACUCAUUUUAACUUACGAUUUUAUGAAAGAGCAAUAGAUACCUGGGUCUUCA